CACCACCCUCGUCACCUUUCAAUGGGCCAUUCAUGAUUGUCCCUUCAGCGAGGCGCGUAACAGGCCGGGCCUGGGCCUUGCCCGGUAGUUACGGCUUCACCCGACCUCGAACAUUACGGAAAUAUAGCUCCGAAGUUGCGACGCAGAGCGAGCGACCUGCCAUAAAGAAGCGCCCCCAGUUCCACGACUAUUUCGUCACACAUCUACCGUCAUCUUCGCUCCAUCCGGACCCUCGGGGGCCAACCUCUCCCUUUCACAAACUCCCUCGUUCAGCCUCUAUACCCCAUGUCGGAAAUACAUCGCACUCGCCGACGACGUUUCAGAAUCUAGUCGAUCGUGAGAUGACAGUAGUCCGAAUCCCACUUCGCAGCGCUAAGCAUCACUUCGGAGCCGUCACUGCCCGCGGCACUCGCCCGAGAAAUGAAGAUACCUACCAGGCCGGCGUCAUCGAUGUUCCUGCCUUCGCGAAGCGACCUCCAGCGUCGCUCACUAUCAAACGAUCCAACAGCCCAAACUCCUCGCGCGAGUCGCGAGCCGCAGACACAGCCAAUGGAGAUCCGCAGGUGUUUUACUUCGGAAUAUUUGACGGACAUGGCGGAUCCGAGUGCAGUACAUUCUUGCAGGAGAAUCUCCACGAAUACAUUCAGAAUUCCGCCGCGGAUUUCGAGCUACAAUCGAGUCUCCGUACAAAUCAACAACGGGUGAGUUGCGGAGAAGCCGCAGCAACUUCGGUCACAACCAGUACUCUGCCAGUGAUGCAGGAGGCCAACCGGAAACGCAUCGGGGAUCUAGAGAAAAGCCUGGUUCAGAAUUGGCGCCAACUAGUUGGAGGCUAUUUCAAGAGAUUUAAACCGCCUCAGUUCAGCUACUACGGCCCCGAUAAUUCCACCGAGAACGCCGCAUCGAAAGGCUAUGUUGCCAUCGAGGAAGUCAUGGAGUAUGCUUUCCUGCGUGCCGACUUGGAUUUUGUCAAGGCGCAAGCUGCUAAGCGUGAUGACGACCUUGCUCUAGCGGAGAAGCCGUUGAACGAAGAUGAGAUCCUCCACAGUCCGAGCUUGACCCGAACUCCGAAGAUCGGUGGCCGGUCGCGAUUCAAGGGUGGCAGUACUGGCAGUAUUGCUUUGAUCUCAACUCCUAGUCCGACGCCUUUCUGGCACCCCGCCGGUCCCUCGAGUUUGCUGGUAGCCCACGUGGGUGACACUCGAAUCUUGCUAUGCUCAACACUCACUGGCCAAGCUGUUCCACUCACUUCUAACCACCACCCGUCCUCUCCUAUAGAAGCAGGCCGACUUCGCCGCUACGCUGCCACGUUCGUGACCGAUUCCUUCGGUGAAGAGCGCAUGAGCGGACUAGCCAACACCCGCGCAUUCGGCGAUGUCCAAUCAAAGCGCAUUGGCGUUUCCGCCGAGCCCGAGCUCUGUCGUGUUGAGAUGGGCCCUGCCGAGUUCUCGUUUAUGGUCAUGGUCUCCGAUGGCAUCAGCGGCACUCUGCUAGACCAGGAGAUCGUCGACAUCGUCAAGGAAGCUCGAACCCCCGAGCAAGGCGCACGCGAUGUGGUUAGCUUUGCCACCGAGGUGACCCGAGAAGGCGAUAAUGCUACUUGCCUAGUGAUCCGACUCGGUGGUUGGGAGCGACGACUAGAAGGUGGAGUGGGCAGUCUGGGAACGAAGGAGUCUCGCGAGUGGCGGCGACAGGAUGCCACCGAUCCGCGCAGGUCACGGACGUGAUGUCUCCUUCUUCCCUGUAUUGUAGAAUUGUUGUCUGUUUGUAUAUACUUUGGACCUUCGCAACAAGGUCUUCUUGCACAUAAUAUCUCGCUUGAUUCGUUGGAAGGAUGGGCUUGGGGGUGUUUCUUUCCUAUUUCCUGGUCUUAUUUUGCAGGAAUUUGCAUCUACAUCAUCGUCAUGUACAUCUUUUCAUAUUCGCUAUUUUAGCAUAGUCUACGUCCUCUUACCACUUAAGACAUGAUCCAAUACCUUAC